AUGACUACCAAGAAUAAGUAUUCGGUCAUUUUACCCACCUACAACGAGCGACAAAAUCUGCCCGUAUUGGUACAGAUGCUCUUCAACGUCUUCACGACGGAGAAACUCAAUUGGGAGAUCAUUGUCGUAGACGAUGCCUCUCCAGACGGCACGUUGGAGCGGGCGAAGCAACUCCAAAAGUCAUUCGGGGCCGACCAUAUCGUCUUAAAACCACGAGCAGGCAAACUAGGCCUCGGGACCGCGUACGUUCACGGCCUCCAGUUCGUCACGGGCAACUUUGUCAUCAUCAUGGACGCUGAUUUCUCCCAUCACCCAAAAUUCAUCCCAGAGUUCGUCAAGAUCCAGAAGCAGACAGGAUGCGACAUCGUCACGGGCACGAGAUACCGGUCGAAACCCGGCUUGAUUGGUGGCGUAUAUGGCUGGGAUGCCAAAAGGAAGCUGACCAGUUGCGGUGCAAAUAUCCUUGCCGAUUUCCUGCUGAAUCCUGGAGUCAGCGACUUGACAGGUUCUUUUAGAUUAUACAAGAAAGACGCAUUAGUAAAAGUGAUUGAGAGGACACAGUCCAAAGGAUACACCUUCCAGAUGGAGAUGAUGGUCAGAGCAAAAGCCAUGGGUUUGAAAGUCGAAGAAUGUCCUAUCACUUUUGUUGAUAGACUAUACGGCGAAAGCAAGUUGGGAGGAGAGGAGAUCGUGGAGUAUCUCAAAGGUUUACUAUGGCUAUGGUGGUCUGUUUAG